GUCGAUGCACUCGCUCCGAACGUAGUUCAUUGUCGUCGUCAUCGUAGUUCAACGCAGUCAUCCGCGCGGCCAUAGCACACGAAAAGAAAGUGGUAAACCGGUGGGGGCUGUAGAUGACCCGUUGACCCGUUGCCGGUACAGUAUCGUUUAGUGACCGCCGCCGCAGACGCAACGGGACCGGCUGCGUGUUGGACGUGUUUUUUUUUAUUAUUUUUUCUAACCCGAUCGUCGUCGUCGUCGUCGUCGUCGUUGUGCGCCAAACUCUCCAGACGCAAUCGUACAGAAUUCACGAUGUAUCGUCCAACGUGGUGGUGCGUCGUCUUGGCCGCGGCGUGCACGGCAUCGUGUUCCGGUGCCACCGUACCGUCGACCGUCACGGACUUGCUGUGGACCGGGCUGGAAGGCGUGAUCCAGCAGAGGAGCGGACUACCGGCCGAGUCGAAACAGGUGCCCGAGAAGCGGUGUGAGUGCCAGAGCCCGGAGCUGAAGUCGUGCGUGUGCUGCCUGCGCAUGAGCAUGCCGUUCCUGGAUUUGACCACGUCUCCGGGUUGUGUCAAGUUCAAGUACGUACCGGACAUCGAGUCGAUCGCCGUGAACGUGACCUACGGCAGAGGCAACGUCCAGAACGGCGUCAUCAAGGGCAAUAACCCGGAACCCGUGUGCAUGGACGUGCUAGUUGGAUUUGGUCAACUGUGCGCUCGAUUUAUAGGAAACUCAUCUACACCACAAGACUUUGACGGUUGUCUUAAGUUGGAAGCCACCUUGUUAAACGAAGUGCAAAACUCGAUUCCCAUGGGAUGUUUUAAAAUGGACCAAAAUCGAUUAAUCUUCAAUUCCACGGUCGUCGAGUUGCCUGAAGUACUGUCGUCGAACAACAGCUCACAGUCCGGCGAGGAGGAGGGAGGAGAAGAAGAAGAGAGCGAAGAGGGCGUAGACCCUAGCGAAGAGGCGCUCAUCCAAGCAUUCGGUGAGACUGCCGUGCAAGGCGUCACGUGGCUGGUCAACGUCAUGGGACUGAACGUGAACCAGUCCAAUAAUAACGGGACCGCGGCCGCCUCGUCUAACCAGCAACAACCAUUAUCCCCUACGACGCAGCCCGCUCCCGUGAACGUCUAAUCACGGCGAUCCCGGAUCUAUACGUGAAUUUAAAGGAUCGUAUCCGUAGUACAAUCGAUCCCUUUUCGAUGACCCAUCAUCAACACAAACCUAUAUUUAUUAUUAUUAUUAUUAUUUUUUUUUUUAAUUAUUGUUAUUAUUAUUAAGUUCAGUAGUUUCAUUCGGCGACGCUUAGUUACCCACUACCGAGUUUCCCGCAACCGUUUCCCGCAUCACGUAUUUAUAUUUAUAUUUAUCCCUUUUCAAGUCAUCGAGAAUGGUGACGAAACCGGUCCUACAUUACCGACCACCAUUUUGAUGUCUCCAGACGUGAAGACAUUCGCUUUAUUUUAAGAUUAUCCGUGUAAAAGAUUGUAAAAGAUUUAACGAUACGAUGACGUCUUUAGUCUCGUUUCAUCUCGCGGUCUCUUGACAAUUCUAAACACCAAACAUAACUUGGCCUGAAAAACACGACUUUGUAAUGUCACUUCAAUCAUACGAGCUGUCGUAACUCAGACAAGUGUAACUAUAUUAUUAUUGCAUUUAUGUCGCACUCAUCCCAUUUCGCAACUACGGUUUCCUAUAACAAUGACUUUAUAUUUUUGUAAUUUUAACAUUAUUAACUGUACACGGUUGAAUUAUUUUUAUACGGUUUAUCGUUUAUAUUUAUUUUGAUAAUAAAGUUUAUUUAUUCUGUAAUUUACUCGAAACGUUUUUUGGUCAUCAGAACUUCCGCGUUGUGUUGCAAUUCAGCAUUCCUUUCCUACUCAAUAAGGAUCGAAAACCAGAACAACUAUAAUCAUGUUGAGCGGACUACAAGAGAACUGUUUGUACUUUUAAAUCUUUCACAAUAUGUUU